AUGGGGACCGCCGUCAGGAUCGGCGCCCUAGCGAGACGAUGGAGGCGCGUCCCUCGUCUGCUCUCCGAUCUCGUCAUCGACGUCGCUGACUUGGUACCGCAUGCUUCGGAUCGCACGGUGGAUGAUAUAAUGACGACGUACACCAACGCCACGAGGUGGUUGCUAGCCCCCAGUGAACAGCGGAGGAUCAAGAGCUUGUGCCUUACGUUUUACCUCACCGACCCUUACCUGCACUCCAUCGGAAACGCAGUUGUCGAGAGCGGUGGCAGCACAGCCAAUCCUCUGGAAUUCACCAUACGGGCGGAUGUGGACACCAGGAGGGUCAACAAGGCGCAGCGCGCCAUGUUUGGACGACGCUUCAUGUCCUUCCUUGGUGCUUGCCCCGUUGCUUUCAGUUGGCUAACCAGCCUCACCCUGCAAAAUAUUUGCUUCAGCGACUCGGGUAUCUCGGAUCUCCUCAACACUUGCAGUCGACUAGAGCUCCUUUCCUUGAGCCGUUGUGGCUCUAGCUCCCACCCCGUCCUACAGAUAGACGCGCCGACAUCCUCGCUCUCGACCUUGGAAAUCUGUGAUUCUUUCUACCGAGGAGUUGAGCUGACCAGUGUCCCAAAACUACAACGCUUCUUUUGUGACGACGUCAAUGACUUCGCUCCGAUCUCCAGACUGCGGUUUGGAUAUGUUCCUUGCCUUCACAACAUAAACCUCUCAACACUACAUCUGCGUUACUACUAUGAUGAUUCGAGACAGCUCUUCCCCGCCUUCAGUAACCUGAGAGUUCUGUAUCUCUCCAACUUGGAAACUGAUAAAAUGGACUGGACACUUUUAGUCCUAGCCGCCGCACCUUUGCUCAAGAAAUUUUCUACUAAGCUUUAG